UUAAAUUUAAUUACUCUUUUGUUUUUUAGUAGAGCAAUUCAAAUACUGAUAUUUAAUGUAAUGUUGUGAAUUUUAUAAGUUUCAUUGAGUUUUUAUCGACUUUUAAAUACUAUAAUUUUUAUGAUCGUUUUUCCAAAAUGUUGAAUAAUAUUUAAAAAAAAAUAAAAUUUUGCUUUUAUUAUAGAUGUACUUAGAUAAUCAUGGACUCUGAAGAAACUGAAAAAUUCUUGUUGGUUGCUAAAGCAGAUAAUGUUAAGCAUAUAUCUUCACUUCUAAAGGCAGUCAAUUUUAAAGAUGUGGGUGUAUUUUUUGCAACUGAACAUGGUUUAAAGAUAGUUGUUGAAGAUUCAAAGUGUGUACAAGCAAACGCAUUUAUUGGCAGUGAGAUUUUCCAAGACUAUCAAUUAAGUGAUGAUACAGUGGCAUUUCGUGUAGAUUUGAACACAUUCAUUGAAUGUCUCACAAUAUUUGAUGGUUGUUCGUUAAAUCCUGGAGUAACAACUGCUUUAAAAUUGACUUAUAAAGAAUAUGUAUUUAUACUCUUUAACAGAUUAGAAGAAGGUGGUAUUAUAACAGAUUGUUCAUUGAGGACUAUGGAAGUAUUUGAUAUUUUGGAUUUUAGUAUUCCUGCAGAAUCAGCAACUAGUAAAAUAAUUUUAAGAUCUUCAGAUUUUAAAGAUAUAUUGAAUGAUAUUGAUAAUUCAUCUGAUUAUGUUGAAUUUACAUUUUCUCAGGAACCAGAAUUUUUUAAGAUUUUGACUUCUGGAAUUGCUGGAAAAUGUAGUGUUGAAAUUCCUUCAAAAAGUGAAAUUAUCGAGCAAUUUGUUUGCAAUGCAACCAUAAGUGUAAAAUAUAAAUAUAGACAAGUGAAACCAUUUUUGAAAUGUAUGAAUAUAUCUCAAAAAACAUUAAUUAGAACAAAUGAAGAAGGUUUAUUAUGUUGUCAAUUUAUGGUUCAAGUUGAUAGCCAUACUUGUUACAUGGAAUAUUUUUGUACACCAAUAGUUGAUGAUGAGUAAGACACAUUUCCAAUGAUUUUUUUUUCUAAUUGCCAUCCAAUAUAAUUAAAAGUUACUUAAAUUUGCAGUCAAUAAUUUCACAUAUGUAUGAAUUGCCUACAAAUUUUAAACUAUUUUGUAAAAUUAAUAAAGACAAAUUAGUAAUUGUUA